UGGAAAGGUUGCACGCACCAAGUUUGAUCGGGUCGUGAUCAUGGAGAGGAAAGCCCCGCCGCUUUAGAAUUCCGCUGACCGGAAAGAGAGGGGGGCGCACAGUGUAGAGCUCGAUCCCAAAGACCGGGGAGACCCCCAGCACUCGGCGACCCUCGACCUAGGUGACGCGGAAGAGCCGGGGCCAUCUCAGGGCCGGAGCAUGGGGACCCAGAAGCCGCGGAUUCUGCCUUGGCUCAUUUCGCAGCUGGACUCCGGGCAGAUGGAGGGCGUGGCCUGGGUGGACGCGAGCCGCCAGCGUUUCCGUAUCCCCUGGAAGCACCGCCUGCGCCAGGACACGCAGCAGGAGGACUUCCGCAUAUUCCAAGCCUGGGCUGAGGUCAGCGGCGCCUACAAUCCCGAGAAAGAUAAGCCAGACCCCCCUACCUGGAAGCGGAACUUCCGGUCAGCCCUGAACCGGAAGGAGGUGUUGCAUGUAGCCGAGGACCACAGCAAGGACCCAGUGGACCCACACAAGAUCUACGAGUUUGUAACAUCAGUAGAUCGGGACUUUCCUGAACCGGACACCCUUCCGAGCACCCAUGACGGGGGCAGUGCUUCUUGUAGCCAGGAUGACAUCCUGGAGGACUUACUGGAUAGCAUGGUGCUGGCCCCAAUCCCAGACGGGGGUCCCCCAAGCCUCGCCGUGGCCCCUGAGGACCCCUUUCAGCUCUUGCUCAGCCCUACUGUGGACCCUUCUGUGCCCUGCAGGGGCUUGGUCCCCCAGGAAAACCCCCUGAAGCAGCUGCUGGUCCCUGAGGAUGACUGGGAAUUCGAGGUGACCGUCUUCUACCGGGGCCGUCAAGUCUUCCAACAGGCAGCCUUCUGCCCCGGGGGUCUGCGGCUGGUAGGCUCCGAAGUGGCAGAGAGGGCCCUGCCUGGGCGGCAGAUGCUGCUGCCCAACCCCGGGCAAGUCCUAGCAGACAUGAUGGCAGUGGACUACGUGAGGCGUGUGCUGGGGUCACUGGGGUCAGGGCUCAUGCUGUGGCGGGCGGGGCAGCGGCUCUGGGCCCGGAGGCUGGGCCACAGCAGCGUCUUCUGGACGGUCAGCGAGGAGCUGCUCCCCGAGGGCACACACAACGAGGUCCCCAAGGACGUGGGAGGCGUCGUGUUUGACCUGGGACCCUUUGUGGCAGAUCUGAUUGCCUUCAUUGAGGGAAGCACACGCUCACCCCGCUACACCCUGUGGUUCUGCAUUGGGCAGCAGUGGCCCCAGCAUGUGUCGUGGACCAAGAGGCUGGUGAUGGUCAAGGUAGUUCCCACUUGCCUCCGGGCUCUGUUGGACAUGGCCCGGGAGGGGGGCGCCUCCUCCCUGGAGACCGUGGACCUGCACAUCUCCAACAGCCCCUUGCUCUCCCUCACCUCCGACCAGUACAAGGCCUACCUGCAGGACCUGGUUGAGGACAUGGAGUUCCAGGUCGCGGGGGAGGCCUGACCUCCAUUGAAACACCCUGCUGCAGGGCCACAGUGCCCGACUCCCAAUAAUAAACUGGUUUCCAUGACA